GUCUGGUCCUCGAGACCUAAGGGCCGGAAACGGCUCUGCAGUCCAGCUCCCGCACUUCCUGGGCUGCUCUAGGACCACAGAGGACUCCCGCCAUCUGUGGUCGACCCAGGCAUUUGCAGCUGGGACCUGCCUCUGGGCUGGCUAAUCAAAGAGAAGGAAGCAGCAAUGUCUGCCGUGGGGGCCGCAGCUCCAUACCUGCAUCACCCUGGUGACAGUCACAGUGGCCGGGUGAGUUUCCUGGGAGCCCAGCUCCCCCCAGAGGUGGCAGCAAUGCCUCGGCUCCUGGCAGAUCUGGACAGGAGCACGUUCAGAAAGUUGCUGAAGCUGGUGGUCAGCGGUCUGCAGGGACAGGACUGCCGCGAGGCCGUGCAGCGCCUUGGGGCUGGCGCACACCUGCCGGAGGAGCGGCUGGGUGCCCUGCUUGCUGGCAUGCACACGCUGCUCCAGCAGGCCCUCCGGCUGCCCCCGGCCAGCCUGAAGCCCGACGCCUUCCAGGAUCAGCUCCAGGAGCUCUGCAUCCCACAAGACUUGGCUGGGGACUUGGCCAGUGUGGUGUUUGGCAGCCAGCGGCCUCUCCUCGACUCCGUGUCUAGGCAGCAGGGGGCCUGGCUGCCCCAUAUCACCGACUUGCGGUGGAGGGUGGACGUGGCCAUCUCCACCAGCGCCCUGGCCCGCUCCUUGCAGCCAAGCGUCCUGAUGCAGCUGAAGCUUUCGGAUGGGUCCGCGCUCCGCUUCGAGGCCUCGACGGCCAAGUUCCAGGAGCUUCGGUACAGCGUGGCCUUGGUCCUCAAAGAGAUGGCUGACCUGGAGAAGAAGUGCCAGCGUAAGCUGCAGGACUGACCGCACUUGCCGGUCCUGGUUUGGUGACCUGGGGACAGCUGCUCAGAAACCUUGAAAGCGAAGUCCCCCUGCCCAGGAGGCAGCCAGCUCGAGAGUGACUGCUGCCAUGUUCUCUGUUUGAUUGAAGACAGUUGUGUCUUUCCUGUAUUUGGAAGUAAAUCAACUAUCGGAACGUC